AUGCCGAAAGUUAAGUCAGAAAAAAAGUUUCGAAAGCAUCAAGACAUACAGAAACAGGGCAUUGGCUUUAACAAAGAUAUUGGACAACAUAUCUUAAAAAAUCCACUAAUUAUAAAGACAAUGGUUGAGAAGGCUGGAAUACGAAAUACAGACACUGUAUUUGAAGUUGGACCUGGAACAGGAAAUAUGACAGUAAAAUUAUUAGAAGGCAGCAAAAAGGUUGUUGUUUUUUAUAUUCUCUUUAUUACAUGCAAUUUGCCUCUCUAUAACAAACUGCAUUUAAUUGUUGGAAAUGUUCUAAAAACAGAUUUACCCUAUUUUGAUAUAUGUGUGGCAAAUCUUCCUUAUCAGAUAUCUUCACCAUUUGUAUUCAAAUUAUUAUUACAUCGGCCAUUUUUUAGAUCAGCAGUGCUUAUGUUCCAGAAAGAAUUUGGUGACCGACUGGUGGCAACACCAGGCAGCAAAUUAUAUUGUCGUCUCUCAGUUAACACACAACUCCUUGCUAAAGUUAAUCAUUUAAUGAAGGUUGGCAAAAAUAAUUUCCGUCCUCCUCCAAAAGUAGAAUCUUGUGUGGUGAGAAUUGAACCUAAAAAUCCUCCCCCUCCGAUCAAUUUCCAGGAAUGGGAUGCCAUGAUUAAAAUCUGUUUUUCAAGAAAGAACAAAACACUUGGAGGUGCUUUUAGGUUGAAUUCUGUCCUUGACAUGAUGGAAAAGAAUUACAAAUUAUACAGUUCAAUGAAAAACCAGAUGGUGGAUAAAGAUUUUAAUGCUAAAGAAAAAGUAACACAAAUUUUACUGUCAUCAGGAUUUGAAUCAAAACGUGCCCGAAAUUUGGAUAUUGAUGACUUUCUAAGUUUGCUGUUGGCUUUUAACAAAGAAGGAUUUCACUUCAGCUGA